AUGUGUAAGCAUCUGGGCGAGAGAGAAUAUGUCUUUGCUAUGAUGUCAGAACCUCACUCUACGUUUUAUAUAUUUCAGCAUGCUGCACUCGCUGCGACUCCGUCUCCGAGUUCUCCUACGAUUAACCUAUCGCUAAGUCCCACGAGCAGCAGCACGAACAGCCCAUCCCCAACGCAAAGCCCUAGUAGUGCACAGUCAUUGACAAAAGAACCGAUUCUUGUCAAUUUGGCGCAUGCGAUUGUCGUGGCGGCAUUCGCAGUCCUUGGGUAA